CCAUCUAUCAAGGUGGGAACGCUGGUCGGAGGAGGCGUACGAGGGGUGGGGAUGGGACGUCGACCACCCCCCCCACCCCCACGGCAGUUCCUCCUCCUCCGACGCCGAAGCAGCAACAGAGGAGGGCCAGGGAGCGGAAGAAAAAGGAGCUCAACAGGAGGAGGAGGAGGCGGGGUACCUCGACGACAUGGCGAGGGGGAAUUCGACGUUCGGGGCACUGUUCCGCCGGCCGGGGGUGGUGUACCCCAUACACCCCACGGGGCACCUCAGGCUGCCGCGCCCCAAGCGGCCGUUCGCUGGCCAACAGCAGCGGUGGCGGCGACACCUCAGCGGAAGAGAGGAGGAGGAGGAGGAGGAGGAGGAGGACGAGGAGGAGGAGGAGGACGAGGAGGCCAGCGGCGGCGGCGGGGGGGAAAGCGCGGGAAGGGAAGAAGAUGUGGUGUUUGUUGUGCAGGGCAACAUGCAGAGCCAUCGACGGAACUACCCAGAACUGACGCGCUGCCUUGAGGCUAUGUGCUCCACCGGCAGGGACAACUACCAGCUGGUCGCCGUGGGCGCGCGAGGUGACUUGCCCGACGACGUCAGGAGAAUGCAGUGCGUGGAACAGCGGACGACGGAGUGGCGACACCUCGAGUACCCGGAGUUUUACGCCAACAUCAGCGCGGCUCAUUUCGUGGUGACGGCGGCUGCGGGGCACGAUUACGAGUACGACAAGGCCACAUCCACGGUGCCCACGGCUCUGUUGCUCGAGAGACCGUUGGUGAUCUCUUCGACGCUGCUCGACGCCUACCCGUGCCUCAGGAAGUCUCGUGUCCACAGCAUGGUGGCUAAUGACGACCUGUGCCUCAACCUCCAGACCGCCUACGACUUGACGACGGAAGAGUACGACGAGAUGGAACUAGAGGCCCGCGACUGCAAGCUGGAGAUGUGGCGGCAUGCCCGGGAAACGGUUGCCGGGAUGGCAUCAGGUUGGACCCUCGACUGAUCCAUCUAUCGAUUCGAGUGUGACUUCCCGACUCGUCUCGUCUGUCGCGGUGGGUGGGGCCGGGGAUGCCCUCCCCCGUGGCAGAUUAGGGGGUCCGGUUUCGGUCUUGUGGUGUAUCUCCUCGCGUGGCGCUAGGCUUUGUUUUUCUCCCCCCCAGCCCCUUGAGGCUGGAGCCUAGCUUGGCUUGUAUCGGGAGAUUCUGUUCUGCCUAGGUUGUAUGUAGCAAGUGGAGGGGGGGUUCGGGGCCCCCGUCGGUUGAGGUCUAUGUUCGGGUGGGCGUGGGUGGAGUGCUGGGCGGAAAAAGCGUGCUUCCGUCUGGUGCAAGCUGCUUACAGGAUGUUGUCGUAUUUUCUCCGCCGUGUCGUUAUCGUCCUUCCAUCGCGGGGUUUAUUGAAGUGUCGUCGAUAACUCGCUUCGGUGUCGGCUCGUUGAAUGUGCUGUGUCAGCGUGCAUCCCAGAACCAUGGUAGAUGCGCCAGUUGGCUUCGGCGUCACCAGAAAGAACAACACAGUUGCCGUGUCCUUCGGCGGUGGUGUGUGGUUUCGGCAACGAUCGUGGGGACGACGGGUGUUCGUGUGGACCCACUUUAAAUGGGAGGGGCAUCUCCGUUUGCGUUCACACAAGAGCCUCAGGCGUGUCGCACGACUUAAUGAACAAAUUAAUUACGAUGGAACCCACGCUGCUGAGAGAAUCACGCGUUUAUAUACGUAACGCGCACGGGCUGACAUGGCUGCAACCAUGGGCGGGAACGAGCAGACGUUUACGUUUUUUUACAAUACGAAAAUUCGUGUCGUUGUUGAGGUAUACGGAUUUUAUACUUACAUUUUUUUCAUGUCGAUUGCUCCAUUGUAUGCUUCUGUCUGGCCCUGUGCAGACGGCGAGUGCAACGAGAGACGGUAAAAGGUGUAUGCAAAGUCGUUUGAUGUGUGGAUAGCUGUCGACGACGCACGUACGCAGUGCUUGUCCUGGAGUUGCUCAGGAUUGUACGGUGACGUUUCAAACUGGUGAACGAUUGUAAAAGCAUUUGUGGUGUUUCGAGGCCUCUCGAGUGAAUCGGCUUUGUUUGUGUUUUGCCCCGACUGAGCGCCAAGUGUGGAGCCCUCCCGCCACACGUGUGUGACCGGAGGAUCGUACGGCCAUGUGUUGCUCGCAGGCGGUUUUUUGAUUGGCCUCUGUUGUUCAUGGUUGCAAUCCGGUGGUGAGAGGUUGUGCGCGGCCGCCGGCCCUACGGGGCAUUUUUUUUUCUGGUUUGGCCAUUGCAGAGUACAGCUUUGCCCGCGUUGAUAUAAUUCCAGUCUUCCAUGUUAUUUUCUCCUUUCGUGUGUUGGCGACAGAAUAAUAUGUGAAUCUGCGCGGAAUUGAUUUAUAUUCUCCAAGUAGAUUUGACUUUUGAUCAAGACAGAUGUCAGCGCCCGGGUGACAAAGGGCAACUUGGUGGAAUAUCGUUCGAGUUGCUUGUUGGGGUGGACUUGUUUGGGUUUGUCGACCAGUUCAAUCCCACUACGAUGGACAAUUGUACGACGAUAACGUCGUCGCUGUGUCCUAGAUAUGUACGCACGUGUCCUAGGAAAAAAGUUCAGCUUAAUCGUAUUUUAGAUGGAUGUUACGACCCUUGUGGCAGUAUUAUCGGUGACGGUUAUCAUAGUUGCUUUAGGGGUAUGAGAAAAGACGCGCAACGCGUAUGGUGGUUGUUGUUGUUCUCUUCAGUGCUGUUAUGCCGGUGGGAAACAUAGUUUAAGCAGCAGUUGCCUUUGGCUGUGUUUCCCACAUGUUGUAAGGUGUGUUAGGAAAACACGAAUAUUUUGGAUGGAUGUAAGGCCCGUAGGCAAUACCAACGGUGUCUGUUGGCACUUUGGUCAGGUAUGCAGGGGUAUGCGUGAGAAAGGCAGCCCGUGUGACUGUUGAUGUUGUUCUCUUGAGGAAUAUGAUGCACACGACGGUGGGGGUCGUGACAAUUCUCGUGCCGUUUUGAACGCCGACAGCGAGGGUAAUUGCUUUGAAAAACCUCUGAAAAUAUCAGACCCUGGCGCAAAACUGCUAUUAGUCAUUGAACGAUGGUGCGUCAUGACCGCUCGCCAUGUUCUUCGGUUGGUAACCCCCCAACCAUCGGACGUUUGGAC